AUUGUCACUUAUCAUCAUUUCGUUUCAUCAAAAUUUCUGUUUAUCAUUAUUCAUUUUAAAACGUAUAUCUAAGAUUAUUCUGGAAUAUUUUAUUCAAAUAAAUACCACUGCAUCGGUAGCAUUCAAUGCUUUCAUCAGUUAUACUUGUUUCGUAGUGUGAAUAGUGUUUAUAAUAUUUGUAAACUAAAAGUGUUCUAAUAGUUGGUUUAAAAUGGAAUUACCACAUAUUGGAGAUCAUUGCUCAAAAUCCGAGUGCAAUAAGUUAGAUUUCUUACCGAUAAGGUGCGAUGCUUGCACUUUAUUAUUUUGUGAGGAUCACUAUAGUUAUACUUCACAUAAUUGUGAUAAUGCAUAUAAGAAAAACAAUCAAGUUCCAGUGUGCCCGCUUUGCAAUAAACCCAUACCUGUACAAAAGGGGCAGCAUCCUGAUAUGGUUGUAGGAGCUCAUAUAGAUACCGAUUGCCAAUCUGAUCCUGCAAAAUCUCGAAGAAAAGUGUUUACAAAUAAAUGUACAUAUAAGAAGUGUAAAAACAAAGAAGUUGUACCACUUGUGUGCAAUGAAUGUUCUCUUAAUUUUUGUUUGAGACAUAGGCACCCCACAGACCACUCUUGUGAGGGUAGAGGUGCUAGAAAACGAUGGAUUUUUGAAGCACAACAAAGAGUAGGAUCACUUUCUCAGACAGUUCAAGGCAGCAUUACAGAAGACGAAGCUUUAGCUAGGGCUCUAGCUCUUUCACUUCAAGACAAUGUCCCACACAGUAGAAAGAGACAAGAGGAAUUAGAUUUAGCAUUGGCAAGACAACUUCAAGCUGCCGAAUCUCGAACUGGGAUAACUGACAGUAGGAAUUCAAGGGAUCGUUGUAAUAUUUCAUAGAGAAUAAUCAAACUGAGUACUUUUAAUAUUAAAUAGCUUAAACUAUUAUUAAGAUCAGAAAUUUAACUAUGCUGUUUCAAUAAUACACAUUCUAUAUUUCAGAAAUAUUUAUACACAUAGACUAUUUAAAACACAUUUAUAAGCAAUAAACACGAUUAUUUUACGACGUUAAAUAAUAUGUACAGAAAACAAUAAUAUAUAUAACUGCUGUAUAAAAAUUGGUUAGUAUGAUUUUAUUGUUUCUUUUUUUAAUGUUUGAUUUGUAAAACAUUGGAACCAUUUUAACAAGUAAUUAAUAGGUAUUCCGUUAACGUUUUAUAAUAAAUGUAAAAAUGAAUCGUUAAUUAAAAAAUAUUGCAUUUUUAUUGUAUUUGAAAUACUUCAAUUGACAGAUCUUGACGUCGAGAAUUAUUU